AUGGUCGAUAACCCCAACCCCGGUAAUUUCCACAACCGACCUCACGAAGAGGUUGAGAAUAUUGCUCGAAAGGGCGGGCAGUCUAGCCACCACAGCGGUUUUGCUUCUAUGGAUCGUGAGAAGCAGAGAAACAUUGCGUCGAAAGGCGGCCACGCUUCACGUGGAAAAUUUGAGCCAGGAAGUCCGAGAGCCAAGGAAGCAGGACGGAGGGGAGGUAAAGCCAUCCACCAGCAGCAGGAGGAGCCUGAGGAAUAA